AUGGGUUCACGGAGCCCCUCUCCGGCGAGCUCGCCACUCUCGAACGUAGACUCCGACGAAGCUGAAUACUACCAACGACACAUUGCAGCUUCACAUCCCUCCAAACGACAGCGCCUUGACGGGGGCUCUUUAGGAGCCACAUCAGCUUCACACGAUCCUGAAUUGGACACCCUAUCUUCAAUAUCUUCCGACACCUCCGGCGACGUGCCACAGUCCCCAAGUUCACUGCCGAAGGUGGACGACGAGGAUGCGCAGCAGGAACAGGUCACUGUGUGCGCGUGGGAAGGCUGCGAUGGCGGGGAUUUUGGUGAUAUGGAUAAGCUUGUGACGCACAUACAUAAUGUCCAUACUGAGCAUAAAGGGAAGAGGAACACGUGUGAGUGGGCGAACUGCCCAAGGAAGAGCCAUGCGCAUGCCAGUGCGUACGCGUUAAGGGCACACAUGAGAAGUCACACGAGGGAGAAGCCCUUUUUCUGCGCGUUGCCUGAAUGCGACAGGUCAUUCACUCGCUCUGACGCCCUUGCAAAACACAUGCGCAUAGUCCACGAAACCGAAGCGCUGCGCCCAUCAGACCCAACCCCGAGAUCCAUACUCCCGAAGUCAAUGCAGGCGCAGGGUUCAAAGAGCAGCAGCCGUCUCAAGAUCAUCAUCAAGAACCAGGGCGCCCGAGGCAGCGACGGGGGUCAGUCCCCAGCCCCGAGACGGGGACACGAUGGUCUCACGCCUUUGACUGUGGAUGACGGGUUUACACUGGAUGAGCUGGCAUUGGGAACGAAGGAGCUGUGGAGGUUACUGAGACGACAAGCACACUGGGCAGAUGAGGAGGCGGAGUCUCUGAAGCAAGAGAUCCAGACGAUGAACGAGAUACGAGACAAGGAGUGGCUGGAGAAGGAGAUCCUGUUGGACCAGGUCAUCAAUAAUGAAAUGGACUGGUUUGAGAGGCGGAAGCAUGUACUUGCGACGCUUCCAACAGUUGAGGAACUGAGGUCACAGACAAUGGCGAAGAUGGAGAAGGCAGGCAGUGGUAGUAAGGGUGGGAAAGAAGAGAGAGAGGCAGACCAGAAGGUGGACCAGCGGGAGGCGGCGGCUGCCUUGGCCAGUCUGGCCCAACAGUAG